AUGACGAACUCUGAACAAGGAACACCGGCGACCAUAUCGGCGCUAAAUUGCAUAGACUUAUCCAGCGCCGACGUUCAAACCUCCGUUUCGCUCCUCAAACAGGCUUGCUUGGAUUCAGGGUUCUUUUAUGUCAUUAAUCAUGGAAUCAGCCCUGAAUUUAUGGACGAGGUCUUUGCUCAAAGCAAAAAGUUCUUUAGUCUAUCUCUUGAAGAGAAGAUGAAGCUUUUGAAGAAUGAAAAGCACCGUGGCUACACGCCUAUUCUAGAUGAACAUUUGGAUCCAGUCAAUCAAGUACAUGGAGAUUACAAAGAAGGAUAUUACAUAGGUAUUGAAGUACCCCAGGAUGAUCCUGAUGCAGGAAAACCGUUUUACGGCCCAAAUUUGUGGCCUCAGGCAGAGAUUUUGCCAGGAUGGAGGGAAACUAUGGAGAGAUACCAUCGCGAAGCCCUUGAGGUUGGAAGAGCUGUUGCAAGAAUCAUGGCUUUGGCACUUGACUUAGAUGAGGGAUUUUUUUAUCAGCACCAAAUGCUUGGGAAACCUAUUGCUACUUUGCGGUUGCUACAUUAUGAAGGUCGAAUUUCUGAUCCAGCAAAAGGAAUAUAUGGAGCCGGCGCCCAUACUGAUUUUGGUUUACUUACCCUUUUGGCCACGGAUGAUGUCACCGGUCUUCAGAUAUGCAAGGAUAAACAUGCUGAGCCACAAAUUUGGGAAUAUGUAUCACCUUUAAAAGGAGCAUUUAUUGUAAAUCUUGGAGAUAUGCUGGAGAGAUGGAGCAACUGUGCUUUUAGGUCAACGCUUCACCGUGUCUUGGGGAAUGGACAGGAGAGAUAUUCUAUUGCAUACUUUCUGGAGCCUAAUCAUGACUGCAUGGUUGAGUGCCUGCCAACCUGCCACUCAGAGGAUAAUCCUCCCAGGUUCCCACCAAUAAAAUGCGAAACUUACAUGGUUCAACGGUACACUGAUACACAUGUUCAUCUUAGUGCAUACAAAUGA